GCGUGGCAAAUGUGUACGUCAUUCGUUCGUUAGCUUGGAACCCUAGGUAGCAGGACUUUGGCUACGUCCCGGUCCGAUGAAGCGUCUUCAGUGUUGGGCUGGCUUUAUAAAUGGAUCUAGAAGAGGCUUUUGCCUUAGUCGGAGAAUAUGGGAAGUACCAAAAGCGACUUACGGCACUAUUGAUUUCGGCACAGAUUUAUAUUGCAUGGCAGUCAAUGCUGAUAGUACUAGUAGGGGCAGUGCCAACUUAUGAUGCAGUGAAGUCAGACCUGCCAACAACUACAGAAGACUCGGCUAAGAAGGCUAUUCUUACUCAAGAUCUUAGCUCAAUUGUAACAGAGUGGCAUUUAAUGAAAAGUGAAGCAUAUAAAGUUAGAUUGGCUGGAUCUUUUUUUUUUGUGGGAGUUUUAAUUGGCAAUGUGCUGUUUGGACCCCUCGCUGACAAGAUUGGCCGUAGACCGGUAUUUCUAACAGGUUUUCUGUUUUAUAUAAUAUUUGGAUUUGUAACAGCAUUUGCUUCAAAUUAUGAAAUUUUUGCUGCUUCUCGGCUUUUGGCUGGCCUUAUGAAUGGAGGAAUGGCACUGGUUUCAUUUGUGCUUGUUCAAGAAUAUGUUGGCAAGUCAUAUUGGGCAUUAACAGGUACAAUGACUAAUAUGACAUUUGCCGUUGGGAUAGCUCUCUUUGGAGUCCUUGGAUAUUACAUACGUCAGUGGCGUACUCUAGCAGUAGCAGCCAAUUCCCCUGGAGCUGUGCUUUUCCUUUUUUGUUUAACCGCACCAGAGUCUCCAAGAUGGCUCUAUUCUCAAGGACUGUUGAAAGAAGCAGAGGAAGUGAUGAACUGCUUUGCAGCUGGGAAUGGAAAUGAAGGAUUGAGAGUGAAACUGAAAUCACCUACAGUGAAGUCAGGAGAUUUCAAUUAUGGAGUUCUGAAUCUAGUAAAGCACCCUGUUCUGCGCUGGCAGACUAUCAUUUUGAUGUAUGUGUGGUAUGUAUGCAGCUUAGUCUAUUAUGGAUUGACAAUGAAUGCAGGAGAGCUGAAAGGAAACAGAUACCUUAAUGUUUCACUUUAUGGACUUGUUGAACUCCCAUCAUACCCACUAUGCAUGUACUUCAUUAAUAAGCAGUGGGCUGGAAGAAGAAAGACCAGUUCUGUGUUUUUGAUUUUUGCGGGGUUCUCAUGUAUGGCAUCUCUUUUUUUACCAUAUAACUCAAGUUCUUGGUUAAAUGUUACUGCUCUAGCACUGCUUGGAAAAUUAGCCAUUAGUGCUGCAUUCAAUGUUAUAUAUAUCUACACUUCUGAGAUUUAUCCUACAGUAAUAAGGAAUGCUGGACUAGGAGUUUGUUCAAUGUCUUGCAGAUUUGGUGGAAUUCUAGCACCAUUUGUUCCUUCACUGAAAGUUCUUCAUGACACCAUGCCUUUCAUAGUGUUUGGUCUUGCUGGAAUCUCGGCUGGCUUUCUUGAUUUAUUUCUCCCUGAAACACUUAACAAACCAAUUACUGAAACCGUUUCUGAGGUGGAGCCUCUAACUUAUCAGCCACUAGAGGGAAAAGAGUCUGAGUUCCAGGUGAAGUUGACUGGAGACUAUUAAGGUCAAGAAUGAAGAUGUGGACAACUAAUUAGACAUUUAUGGAAGGGCAAAGACAGUAAUUGCUCAAAAGAAGAUGAGACGUGGAGACAGUGGAUACACUGAACACCAGUUUGUUUUAUCUUUGUGGUUAACGAUAUUCAGAACAUUCCAGCAAGCAUGAUGAAUGCUCCUUAUGGAUCAAUUGUAUUCAGUGAUUUUUUUUUUUUUAAAUUUUCAUCAUUAAUAAAUAUAAAAUCUGUAUAUACACAAGCAUUUAUUAGUUACAGUACAUGUAAUAUUAAUGAGAUGAUCUAAUUUUAUAAAUAAACUAUUUUUAUAGGAA